AGAUUCAAAAGUUCACGUGGGGACACGUGACCUGCUGCAGUCAUAUGACCACUGGUGUGAUGGUUGACGGCUGCAGGCGCAACUUAUCUCCUGAAUGUGAAAUCGAAUAAAGACAGCGGUAACACGAUGCGGGUGUUGCUGUUGUGUUACUUCCUGUCCUCUCUGCUGGGCGCUGAUGCAGCUCCAGCUGCAGAUGAGGUGACAUACCUGCCCGGCCUGCAGAAACAGCCAAGCUUCAGACAUUACUCUGGAUACUUGAGUGUGGCCGAUGGAAAGCACCUGCACUACUGGUUCGUCGAGUCCCAGAACAACCCAUCCUCUGACCCGGUGGUGUUAUGGUUGAACGGUGGGCCCGGCUGCAGCUCUCUGGACGGACUGUUGACUGAACACGGACCCUUCCUGAUCCAGGAUGACGGAGUGACGUUGCAGUACAACCCAUACUCCUGGAACAAGAUUGCCAACAUUCUGUACCUGGAGUCUCCAGCAGGGGUCGGGUUCUCAUACUCUGACGAUCAGAAAUAUGGCACCAACGACACAGAGGUGUCGAUGGCCAACUACCUGGCUCUGAAGGAGUUUUUCCACCUGUUUCCAGAGUUCAGCAAGAAUGAACUUUUUCUGACCGGAGAGAGUUACGGAGGGAUCUACAUCCCAACACUUGCUGAGAGAGUGAUGGAGGACACCAGCCUCAACUUGCAGGGUGUUGCCGUGGGAAACGGGCUCUCGAGUUAUGAGAUGAAUGAUAACUCCCUGGUGUACUUCGCCUACUACCACGGCCUGCUGGGAAGUCGACUGUGGACUGAACUGCGCAUAUUCUGCUGCAAAGAUGGGAUGUGUAAUUUCUACAACAACCCGGACCAGAACUGCACCUCCAGCGUGUCUGAGGUUCGGGACAUUGUCUACGCUUCAGGAUUGAACAUGUACAACCUGUAUGCUUCCUGUCCAGGUGGAGUCAGCCAAAAAGUCAGCAUUGAACAAGGUCAGCUGGUGAUCAGGGAUCUAGGAAACUUGUUCAUCAACCAUCAGUGGACCCAACUGUGGAGCCAGAAGCUACGAGGUAUGGCAUCUCUUCAUGAGUCCAUCCGUCUGGAACCCCCUUGUACAAACUCCACCCCCUCCACGCUCUACCUGAACAACCCGUAUGUCAGAGCUGCUCUGCACAUCAGCCCCAAGGCCUUGCAGUGGACCAUCUGCAGCGCUGAUGUGAAUAUGAACUAUGGUCGUAUCUACCUGGACGUCAUGAAACAGUACCUGAAGCUGCUCUCUGCUCUGAAGUACCGGGUCCUGGUGUAUAACGGGGACGUGGACAUGGCCUGUAACUUCAUGGGGGACGAGUGGUUUGUUGAGUCUCUGCACCAGCAGGUCGAGGUUGAGAGGCGACCCUGGUUCUACAAUGAUGAAAGUGGUCAUCAGGUCGGAGGCUUUGUCAAAGAGUUCAGCAACAUCGCCUUCCUCACAGUCAAGGGUGCUGGUCACAUGGUUCCAUCAGAUAAACCAAUCGCUGCCUUCGCCAUGUUCACCAGAUUCAUCAAGAGACUACCCUACUGACCUCUGACCCCUUUUGGGUUACCCCUCCCUCCUCUUUGUCCUAAUUAUUAAGGCUGCUGUACUUAAAUUUUUUUCUCACUGCCAGCCAAUCAGCACAGCUCUCCUCUGUGUUGCCUGGGAACUCUGUGGUUGUCAGGGAAACGAGCACUGCCGUCCAUCUGUCCAUUGAUUUAACGUGAAACUCCUGGUGUUUAUGGUUUAAAGGGAAAAUCGUACAAUAAAGUUUGAUUAUAAAUGAGGACUCUAAA